AUGUCAAGCAGCAGACAUAGUCAUAGACAGGAAAGAGAUGAAUCAGAUUCUCGUUUUUAUCGUGAUUCAACACGAGAAAAAGAAAGUUCUCGGAGACAUCGACAUGAUCGAGAUGAUAAGUCAUCUAGAAAUCGAAGAAGAAGUUCAAGCCUUCGUCCAUCAGCUACACAUGAAUCUAGAGAAAUAGCUUCAUCUCAUAAUACAUCUUCAUCUGGAGAAAAACGGCCGAAAAACCCUGCAGAAAUAGCAGCGGCAGCGGCAGCACGUAUUAACGCUAUGUACAGUAAUAGAACACAAGUGCCUUCUGUUCCAUCAGAACCUCCUAAACCUUCGACUGCACCACCACCACCACCAUCUGUUCCUGCAAUUCGUGAUAUGUAUAGUCAAGAUGGUGACUAUGUAAAAGACAUUGAAGUGAAUGAUUUAAGAAAUCGAUAUAUUCUUACAAAAGGAUCAACUCAAAAGAUGAUCAAAGAAGACACAGGUGCAGACGUAACAACACGCGGGAAAUAUUAUCCUGAUAAGUGUUUGGCUACUGAAAGAGAUCCACCUCUUUACCUACAUAUUACAUCUACAACCAAGGCUGGACUGGAGGCUGCAGUUAAAAAGAUUGAGGAGCUUAUGUCUCAAGAAUUACCAUCUCUAGUUGAUGAGAGACGCUUUAGGAAGAAGGAUGAUGUAGAAAGAGAUGAACUUGGAAGAAGAAAAUGGCCAGAAGAAAGACUUUAUAUCGGUCUUGAACCAAUUCGUGGAUUUCAUUUACGUGCUAGCAUUGUUGGACCUAAUGGACAAUAUGUCAAACAUGUUCAACAAGAAACAAAAUGUCGUGUCCAGAUUAAAGGCAUAGGAUCAGGGUUUAUGGAGCCAGCUACUGGGCGAGAAAGCGACGAGCCUCUUUAUUUACAUAUUACCGGACCUGAUCCUACUGAAGUUCAACGAGCUAAAAACUUAUGUGAAGAUCUUUUAAAAAGCGUCAAACAGCAAUAUGAGCAAUUCAAAGCAGCACCACAUGGUCAAAAUUUUUCUGGAUAUGGAGGACAAAAUAAUACAUAUGGAUCAGCGCCCGGGUACCAAGUACCCGUAGCGCCAGCAGGACCUCCUGGUGUUUCUGGGUCAUACUCAGCAGAUCCUUAUGCUGCUUAUGGUGGUUAUGAAGCAUAUGUUCAAUAUUACCAAUCUUAUUACCAGCAAUAUUAUCAACAAGGAAAUAUGGCAAAUGCAGGACAACAACAAACAGGAAGUUCCGAACAAACAGGAAAUUAUCAUACAACUGCACAUCCACCAGGAACAACGUCAAUUUUUGAACCUUUAACAUGA